UUUCUUGCAAGCAGAAAGUAAAAAAUAAGCAUAUUUUACACCUUUCAUCAUCAUCAUGAAUCAUCAUAAGAGAGAGAGAAAAGAAAAAUAAACAAGCAAGAAUCUAACCCCAAAGCUCAUCAUAUUCAACAAUCAACAACACACAGAUACACACAUUCUGAGGUGUAGAAAGUUGCAAAGAAGAUUCUGAGAGAAUAGGAAAGGAGAAUGCUGUUUUUCUACACUAAGAAAGAGGAUGGCUAGGGAGCUAGAGAGAGAAAGGUGCUCACAUUCUUACAAGUGUAUGAUAAGAGGAGAAGGCUUGUCAAGGUUGGAGAAUUAGUUUUUAAGGUAAAAAAAUUUACCCUUUUUAAUGAGAUUGCAAUUUCCAUGCAGUUUAGAACACAUGAUCUCUUGGGAUUAGGCCUUUUUCUGUCUACAAAAUCAUGAAAAUGGUGAAACAGUAAUGCUGAAAACAUGGGAAAGAAGGGGAGUUGGUUUUCGACAAUCAAGCGAGUUUUCGUGCACGAAUCAAAGGACAAGCCUUCAUCCUAUGGAUCAGACAAGAGAAGCAGCAAGGAGAAGAAGGCCGGUAAAGGGAUUUUACAGCACGGUGAAACGAAAUCGUUCCUUCCUCGAUUCAGAGAGCCGAGCAGCAUCGAGAAGAUACUAGGGGAGGCGGAUCAUAUGCUCGUGAGGCCUCCUCCGGCAUCCUCAGCCGAGACGAGGCUCCCACAGGCCUCACUCUGGAGGCCGGCCUCUCCAACGACCGCCUCCCCUAAUGUCGCGUCCCAAAGAGUUUCCUCUGCUAGGUUUACUCCCCCGACCGCCCUUCUCCCCCCGGCUCUGACUCCUCCUGAGGCGAGCCAGAGCCGGUGGGAAGUUAGGUACGUGCAGAGGCCGGAGUUGAGUCUGAGGAACCAACACCGGUCCGCUACUAUGAUCCAAGCUGCAUUUAGAGGUUACUUGGCAAGGCGUAAUUUCCGAGCACUGAGAGGCCUAGUGAGGCUUCAAGGAGUGGUGAGGAGCACGAAUGCGCAGAGACAGACGAUGAAUGCCAUGAAACAGAUGCAGCUUCUUGUAAGAAUCCAGACACAAAUCCAGUCGAGGCGCGUGCAGAUGCUCGAAAACCAGGCAAUCCAGCAUGACAACAAGGAAAUGGAGAGUAACAGCUUGAGCAAAUGGGCCAUGAGCCAAUUGCACGAAGGCGGUGAUAGUGACGACUGGGAUGAUAGCAUGCUAACAAAAGAGGAAAUAGAAGAAAGGCUGAGGAAGAAAUUUGAAGCAGUGAUGAAAAGGGAGAGAGCCAUGGCCUAUGCAUAUUCUCACCAGUCGUGGAAGGCUCACCCGAGGUUGUCCCAGGGAGGAGCCCCAGACAUCCGGUCGAACGGGCUCCCCUGGUGGUGGAACUGGCUAGAUCGCCAGCUCCCGCCAGCGCCAGCCGCGACUAAAGAAGUCGCGGUGACUCCCCCUAGGCCAGUCUCAGAGCACAGGACAAGGCCUAGGGUUAGGAGCAAGCGCGGGAAUUUCCCACCAGACAGUCAUGAGGUCGUCACUCCACUAUCAACCAGGUCCACAAACCCUACUCGGGCGAAACCCUUCUUUCAAACACCGAUGAAAACUCCCCCACCGGCAACCUACGGUCCAAACUACAUGACGCCGACCGCCUCGGCCAAGGCCAAGGCGAGGGCGAGCAGUACUCCGAAGGAGAGGGUUGUGGAAACCCCGGCCAACGAGUCAAAGAGGCGGUUCUCGUUCUCGUUGACCGCGAACAUCGGCUCGUUCAAGUGGAACAGGGGAUCGGCUAAAGAUGGUGGCGCGGCCGCGCAAAGGGCGCCGGAGAAACAGAUUUCUUCGCAUUUUAGGGGGGAUUUGAGCGUGGAUUCGACGGUGUCGAUGCCGGCGGCGGUUGGGAGGAGGCCUUUCAAUAGAUUUGUGUGAUGGUUUAUGUAUUUUUUAUUUUUUUUUGGAUUUGUUUGUGUAUGUUGUGAGGGUGAUUUGUUUUUCUUCAUACUUGUUUGAGUGUGCAUGCAUGUGAGUAUUGACACUUUACAACCAUGUGAAAUAAUGGGGAUAUUUCAAUUGUUAAUUA